GUCUCGACUGAGGGAGCAAGCAUGGCGGCCUCUAUUGCCAGGGGCUGCCGGGCUGCAAUGGCCCUGGGCUGGACCUUUCGAUGCGCCUGGGCUCUGCGCCCUGCGCCGGCCUCUGUCGCCUGCCAGGCCCUCGCGGGGCCGAGCCGGCGGCAGAUCACUGGACCUUCUGAGCCCGGCGCGUUCCAGCCACCGCCGAAACCGAUUAUCGUGGCCAAGCGCGGUCCUGAGCGCCGGGAAAGCAGGUUCUUGAGUCCUGAAUUCAUUCCUCCAAGGGGAAGGACAAAUCCUCUGAAAUUUCAAAUAGAAAGAAAAGAUAUGUUAGAAAGGAGAAAAAUACUGCACAUUCCAGAGUUCUAUGUUGGAAGCAUUCUUCGUGUUACUACUGCUGACCCAUAUGCCAAUGGAAAAACCAGCCAGUUUCUGGGAAUUUGCAUCCAGAGAUCAGGAACAGGACUUGGAGCUACUUUUAUCCUUAGGAAUACUAUUGAAGGACAAGGUGUUGAGAUUUGCUUUGAACUUUAUAAUCCUCGAAUCCAGGAGAUCCAGGUAGUCAAAUUACAGAAACGGCUGGAUGAUAGCUUGCUAUACUUGCGAGAUGCCCUUCCUGAAUACAGCACUUUUGAUAUGAAUAUGCAGCCAAUAGCACAAGAACCUAGCCAAGAAGUUCCUGUUAAUCAGCUGAAAGUAAAAAUGAAGCCCAAGCCGUGGUCCAAACGCUGGGAACGUCCAAAAUUUAAUAUUAAGGGGAUCAGAUUUGACCUUUGUUUAACUGAAGAGCAAAUGAAGGAAGCCCAGAAGUGGAGUCAGCCAUGGCUUGAGUUUGAUAUGAUGAGGGAAUAUGACACUUCAAAAAUUGAAGCUGCAAUAUGGGAUGAAAUUGAAGCAUCGAAAAAUUCCUGAUCUGAGAAUGAGUUUGGUUACUUGCAGAGGAUAUACUGACUCUCAGAGGAUUUAUUUAGAAACCAGUUUAAUCUCAUAUAUAAGGACAUAGUCAUUAAAUCAACCAAACAUUCAUUAUUUUAUGAAUAUUAUUUUAAAAAUUAGCACACCAGUUUAUUACUUUAAAAAGAAAAAUGUACAUGCCAGGUGGUCUGAUGUCCAUUCUCUUAAUGGAGGCAAAGCUACAAUAGAGUCAAACUGUUACCAGAAUGGUCUUCGUUGAGCUUGGAAUCUGAGCAAGGAAGUGGAUAGGAUGAUUUUUUAAAUUUGUGAAGUAAAUUAUAAA